ACGUUGCAUCCUCUUAUUUUAUUAGGGUGCGGCGGGUAUAGUGAUCCGAACACAGGAUUUAAAAAUCGAAGCUGCUUCUCCUCGAGACGAGCCGGCGUACCAAGGGUACUGGGGCCUCUUCCCUCUCUUGCGUCGGCUAGUAACCCUACUGGCCUCCUUGGCCUCCAGCAGUAUUGCACACUCAACGCCCGUUCUCAGCGCCAGGGCGGAACAGAUGAUUAACUGCAAGUCAUACACAUAUGUUCACUGUGUGUUAUGUAAACCUGAUGGGCUGGCAUGCCAACAGUUGUAGGCUGCUCAUCUAUGCAUCAUGGUGGAAAUUGGUGAUCAUCUCAAAAUCGAGUGAGAGCGAGACGCAACCGUGAGAGGGCGAGGCAAGAAUGAGUGUUGCAAGUGACCAGAUGGAGGAGGAGAGUGUGGACCACAAGCAGCACGUCGUGAACCACAACCUUACCGCUCACCACCUGAAGCAGUAUUUUUUCCCCACUGAGCACGUUCCCCGCUUGUCUGCCUCGGACCCCUUGGCCUCCCAGCUGAUUGCAGAGGAGAAACCAGUGGUAUUGACAGACACAAAUUUGUGUGAUACUGCUCUGAAAUGGGACUUGGACUACUUGGCACAACACAUGGGUGCAGAGCGCUACAUGGUGUUUCUUUCCAACAAUCACAAGUUCAAGUAUUAUGAUGAAGCCAAGAUCAAGCAAUACAAGACUAAUUUUGUGCCCCCCACUAGGAGGGUUGAUUUAACCUUUCCAGAAUUUGUGAAGAAACUACGGGAAUGGAAGCCCGGGGAUGAGAGAGUGUACCUGCAGCAGGGACUCAAUAACACCGUGGGGCAAGCUAUUGUGAUGGACUUCCUUCAGUUCAACUGGCAGUGGCUCAACAUGCAACAGAACAACAACAACUGGGGACCACUCACCUCCAACCUGCUGCUGGUGGGCAUGGAAGGUAAUGUGACUCCAGUCCACUAUGAUGAACAACAGAAUUUCUUCAGUCAGCUGGUAGGCUACAAGCGAUGCAUCCUGUUCGCCCCUGAGCACUACGAGAGGCUGUACCCUUAUCCAGUGUACCACCCCCACGACCGGCAGUCACAGGUUGACUUUGAUGAUCCUGACAUGGAGAAGUUCCCAGGCUUGAAGCUUCUACAAGGAAUGGAGGCAGUGGUGGGUCCUGGUGAUGUGCUCUACAUCCCUAUGUACUGGUGGCAUCAGAUAGAGAGUCUCCCACACCUUGGAAACACUGUGUCUGUUAACUUCUGGUACAAGGGUGGACCCACAGAAAAAAUAGAGUAUCCCUUGAAGCCAAGACAAAAGCUUGCCAUCAUGCGCAAUGUAGAAAAAAUGCUGCUGGAAGCACUGAGGGAGCCAGCAGAGGUGGGACCUCUGCUAAGAUCUCUUGUGCUGGGCCGCUACACUGGUGAAGAAGCAGACAGACAAGAAGGAGCUCUGGUCUCUGCUGCGACUCCUCACACCAAUUAGUUCUCCCCAAAUAUUAAUAAUCCCUAUACCUGUGGAGAGCAAGUUUGGUCAUGCCCUCUUGUCUGUUUGGGGCACUGGGUGUGGUGGGUAGAUAGUGUAGUAAUCACUCAUUUUCUCAGAAGUUUGGGAUUACCUCAUCACACACACACACACACACACACACACACACACACACACACACACACACACACACACACACACACACACACACAAAUGUUCAUCCAGAUUUUCCUCUGCAGGAAAGCAGCACAGUGUUGAAUACUGUUGUUAAUUGCUUUUGCUUUCCUUAAAAAAAAAAAAAAAAACUGCCCUUAUUUUUUAAUUGUAGAUAUUCUAAAAGGCAUCUUUUUAUGCUUUUCAUUUAGCUUUUUCUGUAGUAAUACCACUGACUUCUGCUGAACUUUUCUAAAAUGCUUUCAUUAUAGGUAAUUCUUUAUGAAAAGUUGUGAAAGACCUACCUAAUAGCCCACCAUUUGUUGCCUCACUUAUUGUCAUUUUCUUCACAUAGUGUUUAAAAGAAGCGAGAGAGGGUCUCAGGAACCAGAGAGUUUUGUAGCUCAACAACUCAGGGUCAUAAGUUGCACUGGGGAGCACUACAACAGACUGGUAUGGAGUCUCAAGUUGUUUCCUCUGAAAUGCCCUGAGAUUGCAGAGAAUUGACAGGAAAAAAGGGUGCUCAAAUAGAACUUUCUCAAAGGUUCAGUUUCUUGAAGAUGAGGGGCUGGAUUAGCAUGUCUGCCAAUGAGUAUUAUUAUGAUUAGCUUACUUGUUGGUAGUUACUCAAAACUACUAAAGUGCUGUCAUUUGUGUAACAAUAUUUACAAAUGUCAGGCUUGUUGGGUGUAGUGGCAUGUGUAAUUGUUGGUCAGCAGUCACUCAGCAGUGGUCACCCAGUUAUUCAAGUACAGGUAUCAUGAUUGUUGACAACCCAUAGACUUAUGAUUUCAUGCAUUUAAGAUACUGUGUUGCACUUGGGUUUGUGUCUUUUGUGGAAUUUCUUCUAGUCCAAGUCUAUCAGGCAGCAUGGCUGACUACUUUCCUUGCUGACAUGUUUUGGGUAUUUUAUGUAAAGAUAUGGUUUAUACCAGUUCAUGUACUACCUACACCAUGAAUUUUGUCAUGUAUUUAUUGUUGUUUUUAGGAACAACAUUGAAAGGAUAUAGGUAACUCAAUGACCAUGCAUUUUUGCUGCCUUUGAAACAUGUUCAUAGCAAGUGCUUCCUAUAGCUUUCUAGGUAUACAGCUGACUGGCUUGCUGCUUCUGAGUUCCUUUUAAAACCCUUGUGUGUGUUAGUUGACUGGAGAUCAAUGUGAUUAUAUUUUGUAAAUAUGUUGUCUGUUAAUCUUCUCAAAGCCAAAGGUAUUUAAGGAAGGGAGGGAGGGUAAUGUUAUGGUAUUGUGGUAUUUCAUGUGAUUGCUGUAUGAUAUCUUGUAUUGUACAUCAAGGGAGAGGCUAUUAUAUCUUAUGAAUAGGAUUAGACAGAAGACAUGUGAUAAGUGUUUAUAUUGCCAAUUUCAUCACUCACCAUCAUAAAGGUCAUUGUCUCUGAAUGUUAUCAGGACAUUGUUCAGAUAUAACUACACUGUAAUGAGAUGCUUGUUGCUAAGUGGGGCAUGUGGCAAAUCCUGCUCCUCCAACAAUGGGAGUUUCCAAAGAUAGUGCAGGACAACAAUUACAGGUAUGUACAAUGAUGCUUUGUUUUUCAUCUUUACAUCAUGUAUGCUGUGCUUCCUGUGGACUGAGGAUUGCUCCUUGAAAAUAUUGUACUAGUCUGGGACAUAUGAUAGUCACCUUUCAUUUAUAUAUAAAGAUUUUACUUAAUUUUGAAAUUAUAAAUCAAGAAAUUGUUAAUGCUUUUGCUUGCAAAUGUAAUUGUCCCUUCAAUAUGGUUAAUGCAUAAAGAGUAAUGGCAUUUAAGUUCCUCUGGAUUUUGUCUUUUCUGUGUUUUCAGCUGCAGUUAUGUUUAUGUGUAGCAUGUACAGUAAUACUCCGCGUAACGAACGUUCGUGUAACGAAUUUCCGGU